CGACAGUAGUACUACUUGGGAACAAGAUCACACUGUAAUAAGUUUGUGACGUCAAGGUGAAAAUAUGGAUCGUAUAAUUAUCUUUCUGAGUUUAAUUGCAGUAUCAACGGCGACUCACGUGGAAAAAACUGAAGAGUUUCUAGGAUAUAUUCCAAGUGUGUCGACAUGCACAACCCUCGAGAAACGUUACGAGAUUUACUGUCAACAAGAUGAAACUGUCCACCCAUAUCGCCAAAAAGCGCAGGAAUUUUGCGAGAGUCGAGGCGGCACUCUCGCCAAUAUAAAGAAUCCCGAAGAGGACGCGGAAAUUCGAGAUUUUAUCUAUGCCAAUAAAAUGGAUUCCAGGAACUGUGUUCCGAAUAAUGGCUUUUGGAUCGGAUUACAUGAUGGGGAUGGCGAAGAAGAAGGAAACUACAAGUGGGGAGAUGGAACCACACCUUGUUACUUCAACUGGGCGAUUGGAAACCCUAACAACAAUGAAAAGAAAAAUGCUACGAGUGGCCAGGACUGUACUCAGUUAUGGUGUAGGCGCAACAAAGGAAUAUUAUGGGACGACGAUUACUGUGAUUUCCGGCCAAAGGGGAUCAUUUGUGAAUUUAUUG